AUGCGAGGUUCAGUACCCUCGCCCCGAGUUGCUUGGCUUCUCAGCCCGACUCCAUUACAGCGGAAAGCUCCGCAUGCGAGGUUCAAUACCCUCGCCUCGAGUCGCCUGGCUUCUCAGCCCGACUCCAUUAUAGCGGCAAUCUCCGCAUGCAAGGCUCAGUACCCUCUCCUCGAGUCGCCUGGCUUCCCAGCCCGACUCCAUUAUAGCGGCAAGCUCCGCAUGCGAGGUUCAGUACCCUUCCCUCGAGUCGCCUGGCUUCUCAGCCUGACUCCGUUAUAG